AUGGUCUCAAGGUUCUUCAAAUGGGUUAGGCGUGUUUGGCAAAAGAUGAACAGUUGGGUUUUCUCCUGGAGACACAAACCUGAGUCAAUGCUGUUGGAACGAUCUAGCUCCAAGAAACUAGCCCUGAAAAAGAUGGAGAAGACUCCUGCAGAGCUUUCAACAUCAAAAUUAGUCCAGACACCCAGUCUGAGUGCGUGCGCGAAGGCGCUUGAGCCCUGUGCAUUGGCCACUACCACAAAGCAGUCAAUGGGCAGCCAUGGGAAUCGCUCCUUGAUGCAGGUGUCCCGGACGGCUGUCCAGUCCGUCUCCUCGCUUAUGUUGUCUACCCUGCGGUCUGGUUGGCAGAUGUGUAGGUGGAAGAGUUCUGUAAGUUCUUCCUCAAUUACCUCUCAAAUGAGGGUCCGGUCCCCCUUGGAUACGCCAGAGGCUGAGAUGCUACGAGAAGUAUACCUAGUGCUGUGGGCCAUUCGGAAACAACUACGACAGCUGUCCCGCAGGCAGGAGCGGCGCAGGCGACAUCAUAUCCGGACCCACAUAUCUCCACCCCCUGACACGGUGCCAGGCCUGAAGCAAGAUGCCCAAAGUCCCCUCUAGGUCGGGGGAGCCCUAGAACCUCAGAAAUCCCCACCUUGCUCUUAGGUAAGGUGGAUCAAGAGGGGUCAGGACAACAGGCCAGAAGUUGUGGGUAAGGAGACGUUUUUCAUGCUGUU